GGCGGAGCUGGCGGAGGAAGUCCGCGGCCUGCUCGGGCUCGCGCUGCCCCGGGGACGCUGAGACUGGGACGCCUGGGGGGCUCUGGCCCGGCGGCGGCGGCAGGAGCCCCGUUGCAGAGCGCCAUAGAUUUCCUCUCAAAUCUGAAGGAAACUAUGCUAAGAAACCGACAUGACUAAAAACUGGGAAAAUAGCAGAGGAGAAAGGCUGGAUGAGUGAGACGGUUUAAGCGGAAGCAUCUUACGGCCAUCGACUGCCAACAUUUGGCGCGGAGUCACUUGGCUGUGGCCCAGCCCUUCGGUCAAAGAUGGACAAACAGAGACCCCAGCCACGGUCUCUAUCCUAGACCCAGAGCAAAGCGAGGGACUCGGGGUCGAGGAUGCCCAGGAUACAACCCUGAGUUCUUCGUGUCCAGCCGGCAGCAGCGCACCAAUGUCAUGGCCAAGAGCACUUCUGGGGGCCAGGACAGCGCCAAGGACUCGGGGGACGAGAUGAUCUUUGCCGCCGAGAGCACGUGCGCCCUGCCUCCGGAGGGGGACGGGGAGGCAAGGCUGGGGCCGCCGGGGGCGGCGCUGCCUGCCAGGAAGCGGUCUCGGGCCUUCGAGGACGAGGACGAGCGGCAGCCCACCACGGGCCCCCGGCGGUGGGCUGGGGCUUCUAAGAAGACGCUGCGGCACCCCUUGUCCCCGUCGUGCCCCAGGCCCGGGGAGGCCCGGUGGGAAGCCGAGGGGCCUGUGUCGCGGCCUGGGGAGUUCUGCGGAGGAGACCAGGAGGACGAUGGGCCCGACCCCGACCCGGACCCGCACUACGGGCUCCUCGGGAGCCUGCCGGGCCAGGAGCCCCAGAGCCGCAUCUGUAGCCUGCCCAGCGAGGUGCUCAGGCACAUCUUUGCCUUCCUCCCCGUGGAGGACCUCUACUGGAACCUGAGCUUGGUGUGCCACCUCUGGAGGGAGAUCAUCAGUGACCCGCUGUUCAUUCCUUGGAAAAAGCUCUAUCACCGCUACCUGCUGAACGAAGAGCAAGCUGUCAGCAAAGUGGACGGCAUCCUGGCGAGCUACGGCAUAGAGAAGGAGUCGGACCUGUGCGUCUUGAACCUCAUCCGCUACACAGCCACCACCAAGUGCUCCCCGAGUGUGGACCCUGCACGGGCAUUGUGGAGCCUGAGGGAUCACCUCCUCCUCCCCGAGGCAGAGGCCUGCGUGCGCCAACACCUCCCGGAUCUCUAUGCGGCCCCGGCGGGCGUCAACGUGUGGGCCUUAGUGGCGGCCAUCGUCCUCCUGUCCAGCAGCGUGAAGGACAUCCAGCAGCUGCUCUUCUGCCUGCGGCGGCCCAGCUCCACCGUGACAGUGCCGGAGCUCGCGGAGACCCUGUACUGCAUGGCCGUGCUGCUCUAUGCCAUGCGUGAGAAGGGCAUCAGCAUCAGCAACCGGAUUCACUACAACAUUUUCUAUUGCCUGUAUCUUCAGGAGAAUUCCUGUGCUCGGGCCACAGAAGUCAAGGAGGAGCCCUCGGUUUGGCCGGGCAAGAAAACAACCAUCCAGCUUACACAUGAGCAACAGCUGAUCCUGAGCCAUAAGAUGGAGCCUCUCCAGGUGGUAAAGAUUAUGGCAUUUGCAGGCACCGGGAAGACCUCGACCCUGGUCAAGUACGCGGAGAAGUGGUCGGAGAGCAGGUUCCUGUACGUGACCUUCAACAAGAGCAUCGCCAGGCAGGCCGAGCUCGUCUUCCCCAGCAACGUCAUCUGCAAGACCUUCCACUCCAUGGCCUAUGGGCACGUCGGGCGCAAGUACCAGUUGAAGAAGAAGUUGAAUCUCUUCAAGCUAACACCCUUCAUGGUCAGCUCGGUCCUGGCGGAGGGGAAGGGUGGCUUCAUAAGGGCCAAGCUGGUGUGUAAGACGCUGGAGAACUUCUUCGCCUCGGCCGACGAGGAGCUCACAAUCGAUCACGUGCCCAUCUGGUGUAAGAACAGCCAAGGACAGAGGGUCAUGGUGGAGCAGAGCGAGAAGCUGAACGGUGUCCUGGAAGCCAGCCGGCUCUGGGACAACAUGCGCAAGCUGGGCGAGUGCAAGGAAGAGGCUUACCAGAUGACCCACGACGGCUACCUGAAGCUCUGGCAGCUCAGCAAGCCGCUGCUGGCCUCUUUCGAUGCCAUCUUUGUGGACGAGGCCCAGGACUGCACCCCGGCCAUCAUGAACAUCGUGCUGUCCCAGCCGUGUGGCAAGAUCUUCGUGGGCGACCCCCACCAGCAGAUCUACACCUUCCGCGGCGCCGUCAACGCCCUCUUCACCGUUCCUCACACGCACGUCUUCUAUCUCACGCAGAGCUUCCGAUUUGGCGUGGAAAUAGCCUACGUGGGAGCUACGAUCUUGGACGUCUGCAAGAGAGUGCGGAAGAAGACUUUGGUCGGAGGAAACCACCAGAGUGGCAUCAGAGGUGAUGCCAAGGGGCAGGUGGCCCUGCUGUCCCGGACCAACGCCAACGUGUUUGAUGAAGCCGUCAGGGUGACAGAAGGGGAGGUGCCAGCUCGGAUCCACCUGAUCGGGGGGAUCAAAUCAUUUGGAUUGGACAGAAUCAUUGACAUCUGGACCCUUCUUCAGCCGGAGGAAGAACGCAGGAAAAAAAACCUCGUCAUCAAGGACAAGUUCAUCCGAAGGUGGGCGCACAGAGAGGGCUUCAGCGGCUUCAAGCGGUACGUGACGGCGGCCGAGGACAAGGAGCUGGAGGCGAAGAUCGCGGUGGUGGAGAAGUACAACAUCAGGAUUCCGGAGCUGGUGCAGAGGAUAGAGAGGUGCCACAUCGAAGACCUGGACUUUGCCGAGUACAUCCUGGGCACGGUGCACAAGGCCAAGGGCCUGGAGUUCGACACUGUGCAUGUCCUGGACGAUUUUGUCAAAGUGCCUUGUGCCAGGCACAACCUCGCACAGCUGCCCCACUUCAGAGUCGAGUCCUUUUCUGAGGAUGAGUGGAAUUUACUGUACGUGGCGGUGACCCGUGCCAGGAAGCGGCUCAUCAUGACCAAGUCCUUGGAGAACAUUUUGACUCUGGCUGGGGAGUACUUCCUGCAAGCAGAGCUGACGAGCGACGUGCUAAAGACGGGAGUGGUGCGCUGCUGCGUGGGCCAGUGCAGCAAUGCCAUCCCCGUGGACACCGUGCUUACCAUGCGCAAGCUGCCCAUCACCUACAGCAGCAGGAAGGAGAACAAGGGUGGGCACCUGUGCCACUCGUGCGCGGAGCAGCGCAUCGGGCCGCUGGCCUUCCUGACCGCCUCCCCCGAGCAGGUGCGCGCCAUGGACCGCACAGUGGAGAACAUAGUGCUGCCGCGGCACGAGGCCCUGCUCUUCCUCGUCUUCUGAGGCCGCGGGGACACUGGGCGGACGCCUGCCCCUGCAGAUGGCAUGGGGGUGUCUAUUCCGAGUCCAGACUCACUCAUGGAGCAUUUUCCCAGGAAGAAGAAGCCGACCAGAGCUGGACCUGCUGGGUCUCUGCCCCCGGAGGUGGCCAGACCCACUGCCCCUCCUCCACACAUGGCAGGCCGAGGGGUCGGGGGUGUUCUUUUGAUAAAAAACAUUUUAUGUAUUUAAACUUUUAUUACGAGGUUUCAAUUAAACAGGCAUUGUAGCACUGGC